AUGGUGGCCAAACACACGGUCAUGAUCACAGUGGUGGUGAUCCUCUCCCUGUCAGGUCUCACUCACAGCUUUCAGCCACUUGUCAUUUUUGAUGGGAGCUCCAUAACUCACCGGGUCAUCACGUCGAGGGCGGUGCUCAGAAAGACAGCUGAGGUCUGCAGAGACAUCGCAGCUGCAGAGGGACGAGACUUCAGCCUGACUGUGAGUUUCAGAGUGGAUUUAAAAUCAAGAAGAAGAAAUGCGAUAAAUUCAAAUAUCAAAUGUAGAUAUUGUAGGGUCUAUUCUUUUUACUGAAUUAUAGAUUUAGAAGACAAAAAUGUACCUAUUGUGUUUUGAACAAUUUUUUUAGCUAGCAGUUAUUUUUUGAUGGUUCAUAUCUGACAUACUUAUCUCCAGAUUGAAAACAGCCUGACAGCUGACAAGGUGCACAGAGCCUGCUCCUCUACAGCCUCCUCUUCCUCUGUCAGGUUUCAAACCUCCAUCGCCACCAUGUAUUUCAGCAAUGCUAAAGUGGAUGUGAUUUUUGCUCUGAGUGCAAGGCACCAUUUUGAUGAUGAGACCUUUGAGGAAGGACGGGAUCUCAUUACAUCAGGUAAACCUCAAACAAUGUUUCAAGACCAGUAGGGUUGGGUAUCAUUUGAUUUUGAAUGAUUCCGGUUCCGAUUCCUCGUUUCGAUUCCGGUUCCUAAUGAUCCUCGAUUCUGAUUCUUUAAAAAGGCAGGGUAUUUUUAUCUGCUUCAGGCUUAACAGCAGCUCCGUGGCCACUCCUAAAGUAUUGAAAUGUUAUUUUCUCUCAGUAAUAAGAGGCAUUUAAUCUUUAAAUAUAAAGAAUAAAACACACAAAAUACAGUGGUGACUGUAGUGCUGUGUUCAUUUAUUAUCACUAAAAAAGAGGCCAGGGCCACACAGCUUCACUUCUUGGAACCUAAACACCGAGCCAACAGUCACACCGGAGUAAACAUUCACGCUCGGGGAGGAGGUACAGUAGCUAGGGAGUAGCAAGAGCAGAAUGAAGCAGCGUGUAUACUCCUGCCUGCAAGUAAUGUAAAUGAAAAUGAGAAAGGAGUGUGUGUGUGUGUGUGUGUGUGUGUGUGUGUGUGUGUGUGUGUGUGUGUGUGUGCGUGCGUGCGUGAAUGCGCGUGUGUUGGGGGUUCUGAUUAGAAUAGUGGCAGACGGCAUUUGUGACUUGAGUGGAACCGUCUUAAAACCUUCUCUGUCCACUCAUUUCUGAAUUUACAAGUCAUACGAGUAACGAGACUCGCUACUCGCUGCUGCUCCCUCUGCUAGCAUUAAUGUUUACUCCUGUGUGACAGUUGGCUUUGGUGCUUAACUUACCUAAAACUGGAGCUGUGUGGCGCUGCCGCUACUUCCUGCUUGCGCCCGUCAGUGUUGCUCGUCCUUUUUUGACGAACAAAAAAACCUAAUAUAUCCAUUUUUUCGAUGCUUACCUGCGAGUCCGCCUUCCGCCCCGCCGAGUCCGUCUAUGAAUAUUUGAACUUUAACUCGGUACACCGGCCCGCCCCCCUUUACCUGUAAUAGGCUAACGCGUUGCCUUAGAUCGAUUGGAUUGGUUGGAUUGAUUGCCAUGUCAAGAUAGAUGGGAUUAACUGAAGAUGACUACUCUGCCGGAAAAAAACAAACCCAAAAUCAAAUUAAAAGAAAAUUUUGCUUUUAGUCCAGGGCGGGUACAACUGGCUCGGUGGGCCGGCACGGCUACCCAAUGCCCGCCCAUGCCGCCGGGUCUGAGUAGACGAUUCGUUUGUUGCUUCAAUGUUAGCAGAAGGCAGAAAUAAUUUAUUGUUUCACUUAUCUGGUUGUGACUGGUUAGCGAAAGACCGGCGAAGCGCGUCAAAGACGAGCACUCGGGUAUUUCUCCUCCAUGAAUCCUGAGGUGUUGGUCGUCCACCCUCCUUUGCAUGAUAUCACUGUGUUGCUAAUGUUGCACUGAGAUAACGGUUCAUUCUUCCUGCUAAAGGCUUCUUCUCAUACGCUUCGCUUAGGCGGCUAUUUCUUCCGGUCGGCGUCGACUCCGGCAUCGAAACUUGGAAUCGAAAUUUAAAUUUUUUUUUACUGGUUAACAAAGCAAACAGCAGAAAAAAGUUGGUGGGGAAGGACAAAUUUCAUCACAUGAUGUUUGACCUGCUUUUUUGUAUCUCUUUCUCUUAUUGAGGUGUCUCUUCUGUGAAGGCCAGUGUCAAACUGGAGAAAUUUGUGACAGGGAGGUGGACUCUUGGACGACUCUGCCAUACCUUACAGGUGAGACUGAUGAGUUGAGUUUCCUAUGCUAGAGGUAUCACCAGAUUAAAGCAGUGGUAAAUAAGUUUUCUUCUCUGCUUAUCUAGGACUUCUACAGUCACAGUAACUGGGUAGAGCUGGGGAAAAUGACCCCGUACAGCUCCCUUAUCAGGCCAGAUGAAACCCUAGAGAACCUGGCAGGUAAGAUACUGUCUCUGUCCAUGAAUCUAUGGCCUGACCGAGCCACGGUGUACACUCGACUGAGAAACAACACUAGACUUAUUGUUCUGUCAUCAAUCAACUGUCAGGGACAAAAUACCAGCCCUGCCUUGGCUUGUUAGACAUAAACGCUGCACACAUGCUCACACAAAACCACUCAUGAAAACAGGUCAAUGACAGCCACAAUGUAUAAGAGGGGGUGAAUACAAAUUUGCUUUAUUUCAACUUUGCACUUUUUUUUCUUCCAAUCAUAAUUUUAAGGUGAAAAAAAGGUCAGUUUGAGCAGGGGUAUGCUGACAAAAAACUUUCCUCUUCUCUGUUCCUCUCUGCAGGCCUGAACACUCCAACCUGUAGAAACUGUAUUAAUGGAAACUGCACAAACAACCUUCUGCCUGAUGUGCUGAGUCAGGGGCUAAUCACUUCAGGCUACUUCAGCAUCUUCUCAUCAGCAAAACCUUCAGGUAACACAGAUGUAUCAUCAACUUUCUGUAAAGUUUGACUCGUGUAAUAUACAUGUGUAGCACAAAACCUCUUUUUUUCCUUGUUCGAAGGUAAAUGCAGCCAUGGUGGGACUUUUGACCGCACAAGCAGACGUGACCCAGUUGGGGGAAUCAACAAGGACACUGUCAAGUCCAAUCAUGGCUUCCUUCACGAAAAAGCCGCUGAUCUGGCUGUGAAAGCCACCAUGGAGCUGCUGGAGGACAUCAGAGUGGCUGUAGGAGACAAGAGUUUUCUGCGGUAAGGGACACCUUCCCCUGCAGCACUUUUGGAGCAUAUAAAAGAAAAUCAAAGACCUGAAAUCUUUUUGGCUGUUUAUUUUUCAUGAGGUCAAGAGUGAGCACUGAUCACCGACAGUUAUUUAACUCCUCAUAUUUGCCUCUCUGUCAUUCUUGCAGGUUGAUGGGCAUCUCCCAGUCCUCUGUGCUGUGUUUUGUCAUUGACACUACAGGCAGUAUGGCUGAUGAUAUAGCCGAGGCCAAGAGAGUUUCCUUUGAAAUCAUUGACAAAAAGAGAGGAACCCAACAGGAACCAUCUGCCUACAUACUGGUACCUUUCAACGACCCAGGUACAAACAUACUGUAUAUUUAGCUGAAGAGUAAAUACUGUCAUUGCUUUUGAGGGACAGUGGCUGGUUAUAUUCUCGUUUUUAUUUCCAGGUUUUGGACCCUUGGUUCUGACAACUGACGCAGAUGUCUUCAAAGACAACAUCAAUAGGCUGUCUGCAUUUGGAGGAGGAGACAUCCCUGAGCUUUCCUUGUCUGGACUGCAGGUGUUCACAUGAUCAGUUUCUGCACUUCAUGAAUGUUAGCAUAGACAACACUGUCAUCGUCAUGAAAGGAUUGAAUAAAAUCUAUUUAUAAUAAAAGAUUUACUGGCCAGAGACACUUUGAAAGAUUUAACUAUAAUAAAGACUGCAAACAAUUAUUUUCAUCAACAACAUUUUUGAUAUGUCAUCAACAGCUUGCCUUGACUGCUGCUCCUCCUUCCUCUGAUAUCUUUGUCUUCACUGAUGCACCAGCUAAAGAUGCUCAUCUAAAAGGCACAAUCACUGCUCUUAUAGAGAGCACCAAGUCUGUGGUAAAAACCUUCUCUCCCUCUUUUUUUUCCAUCAUUCUUGGCAUUUUAUGACCUGUGUGUGGUUAAAUUCAAGAGGGAAAAAGCAGCAGCGAUCAAAUUGAUGUUUGGGGAGAAAAAAAAAUCCAGAUUCGGACCGUCCAUCUUUUAUUUCCUGAUUUAAUAUCUUGGGAGCAUGCCACUCUAGAGUUAGUAAGCUCUAAAAUUUAGGAGUAUAAAACAUGCAUAGAUAUUUUUGGAACACACUCAGAGUGUUUAAAAAUAGAGUAGUAGAGGACCUGAGUGAUGUUAUGUAACCUCCAAAAUGUUAUUUUUAUCCUCGCACUUGAAGGUAACUUUCAUGCUCACUAAUGUCCUGGGCAGUCGCCAGCUCCGCAGAGGUCUUCAGGGAGUGUUCCCACGUGCAAUGGGCCAAUCAGACACCCAACUGUACCGUGACCUCGCCCAGGCCUCAGGUGGUCAAACCAUCGAGGUCUCAAAGUCAGAUCUUUCUCUGGCUACAAGUGUCAUAGAGGAUUCAUCGGCCAGUGCUGUGGUGAGACACUGAGAAAGAAUCGUUCCUGAUUUUAUGUUUUACUGAAGAGUAUGUUUUUACAUUUGCUGUCUCUCUUUCUCCUUAUUUUAGGUGACAGUUUUUCAGGUGGUAAAGAAUCCUGGCAGGCCUGAUAAUUUCACAUUUACUUUAGAUGAUUCCCUGAGGAACGUGACUGCCUAUGUUACAGGAGCCUCCUCUCUCAGCUUCACUCUCACCAGCCCUUCAGGUGUUGUUUCCACUGUUAAUUCUCAAGUUAAAACUAGUUUUGUUCGACAACUAAGUCACCUUUUUCCAAAAAAUUAACCAAAAGAACCUUUAGAUUUGCUAGUUUUAGGAAGAAAAUGACAUUCUGUCUCCUUUCUCAGGUGUAUCUCAGAGUUCCAGUCAGGCCAGUGGUCCUCUAGCCUCCAUCACCACAGUAGGAAACCUCCGUCGGUUAAGCUUCAACAGUGACAACCAAACAGGAUUGUGGAAAAUCAGUGUUGACUCUAAUAGCCAGUACUCUGUUAAAGUCACAGGUCAGUGAUAUGGAUAUUUUGCGUCUGUUUACAGUUGUAUCAGCUUUGUGGCAGCCCUUUCUAUCUGUUUGUUGUGUCUAUAAUAAAGGUCAAAGUUCAGUGAACUUCAUAUUUAACCUUGUGGACGCAAACGAAGGAGUCCAUGGAGACUUCAGUUUAAAGGAGGGACGUCCUCUUUCAGGUCAGACCACUGUCAUCAUUAUUCUGACCUUGAUUUUUUUUCUGUAGAACAUAUUUUCAUCUAUCAGUGCACAUAUUACAAUACUGAAGUUUUUCUGUGUGCUUCACUACAUGAUUGAGAAUCAUAAUUCUCACUCUGCAGAGAAACAAAAGGUCUCAAUGAAACCCAUGACAUCUAAACCAUGUUUUAGCUCUACUAAAGUGGUUUUCUUUUUCUCUUACCAUCCAGGUGGUAACACCAGCCUCUUGGUCUCUGUGACAGGAAGUGACACAAUAGAGGUCACAGAGGUAACCCUGUUUGACAGCUCAGGGCCAACAGAAGUCAAUGGCACAAUGCAGGUAUGAUACAUGAUGCAUUUCAAAAACUCUAAUGAAAAACACACACACAUUCAGCCGCUAAAUAGUAUUUAUUGCUGCUUCCAAUCUCCACAGAGAAGUUUCACACCUUAAUGUUGGUGGUCCCUCGGGACAAAGCAUCAUAUUUUUUCUCGCCACAAAUCUUAUUCUGCUGUUUAAGAAGUGGUCUCUUGAAUCUGAUUUUGCUUUGUGUUAUCAUUGUUCUGUGGAAAAUGUAAAUGAAGGCUGGCAUCUAGUUAUGAAUCAGAGAGACAUUAUCAAGACCAUCAAGAGCAGGCUAGACCAUCAACAACGGUUCCUUGGGACCGUUUGCAGAUGAAAUGGUCUACAGAUGCCUGCAGAAACAGCUUCCCCCCGAACCCCAAAGCCCUCACCGAGGUCUCUGUCCUUGGUCUUUAGUUGAAUCAGAAAUUCUUACAGAUCUGCCAUACUAAGUAGCACUCCAAAGCUCUUAACUCUGCUUCUAGGGGUGAAAAUCAGAGAGAAUGACGGAAAAUCAGAGCUUGGAUGAGAAAGAAAUUUUUGACAGAAUUCUUGUCAUGCAUAUUUAAUGCACCUAGAAAGUCUAGGGUGCAAGUGGGGAUUAUGGAUGAAAUUAAAGGGGAAUGAAAAAUUCAUGUGGGUAAGACAUUUGUUUGUUUGAGGAAAGCAGGAUUUUGUCCUCAAAUCUUCACUCACAUCUGAAGACAAGAUCAGUAAAGAGGGAAAAGAAACCACCUUGUCCAUGGAGAUUGACAUUGGUCUAUUUUAUAUCCACUUCUCACAAAGACUUCCUCUUGUAGCAAUUUGGCAAUGACACAAGACGUUACAAGUUGCAGUAAUUGAGCGCUCUUAAUCUUAAGUAUCAAUUAAACUUUGCUUAUUGAUUUCAGCAGUGCGCUGUAAACCUUCAGUGUUGUGAUCAUGACACUUCAAAGUGUUGGCCAUUUCCCAGCACUGUCUACACUGUGACAGCAGAAGUCUCUCUGUUUUUUUCUGUCUUUACAGUCAGUGGGAAGUGGAAACUUUCUUGUGACAUUCAGUGGUGUCCCUGCUGGUGAGUUUGUGGUUCGUUUGAAAGGAGUGGACAGCAGCACCACCUCCAGAAUGAAAGCAAGCACCUUCCAGAGACAAGUCUCGACACGGAUCAAGACCUCCAGCAUCUCUGUCACUGUGAGUGUAAUAACCUUCAGUUUUCUGUCCCGUUAGUUUGAUCAUAGACCCAAAUAUUGCUUAAGGUAUCAUCAUGUUGGUUCUGUUCUUCUUUCAUUAGUGCUUCUUUCUAUUAAUUUACACAUUUCUAUCCUUUCACCUUUUCAGGCUCAGCUCAAUAACACCAGCAUAGAGCCAGACUCCACCGUCUCCAUCCCUUUCACUGUCAGCAACACCACCAAUGGAGUUGUUGAUGAAUCUGCAACCGGGACGUUCACAGUACGAGUCAACAAUGACCGCAGCUAUGCUACAUCUUCACCCAGCACUGUCACCAUAGCAGGGGGCAGUGGAGGCAAAGCCAAUGGCACUGUUACUUUAACCGUACCAGCCAAUGCUGCUUCAGGAACAGACGUGACCCUCACCGUCGAGGUAGAAAAUGCAGCCGCCACUGACAUCAACUUUGAGGUCAUCAGGCUGUCUGUGAUUGCCAGGGUAAGACAAAAACACAGGUUGUAUACUUUGUUGAAGAAUGCAUGAAAGAUGAAAAACUUUGUGCAUUUUUUGGAAGUCAAGCAACAAUGGCUUAAUAGUAUUGUUUGCAAUGUUUUGAUGACCUCUUGUGUUGAACUUCUACUGACAAAAAUAAAGACCAGGAAGAAAGGCUGUUCCUUUUCCAUAUUAGUAUUUUAUGUAAGUGAGAAACAUAAAUGUCAAAUAUAGCUUUAUAAUGUUCAGUCACUUCUCUGCUACACACUGUAUGUGACCAAAUAUGAAGUAAUAAUUAAUGUAUGUUUCGCUACAUUUAUUGCAAAAGCAGGAAAAAAAUUUCUGGCCUAAGUCUCAGUGUUCAGUCUUGUAGUUGGUCAAUCACUGAUAACCCUUUCCUUCCUUCUUACUUUAUCUCAUCCUUUUUCGGUGUCUGUCUCUCAGGUUACAGACGUUACCCGUCCGGUGUGCCAGGAAGUCAACACAAUAAGCAACUGUUCAUCUUCUACGUCACUCUGUGCAGCCUCUCAGUGGACGUUCAUUGCAAACAUCACUGAUGGCAUAAAUGGAACAGGCGUAGACAGUGUCACCAUUCGCCAAGGAAACGGUACCCUCAAUACCAGCAUGACCACUGGAGCAGGGGGAGAGAAUGUUACAGUAGCUACCUACAGCGCCUCCUGCUGUUCACAGAUUGUAGAGCUGACUGCUGUGGACAAUGUGGGAAACGUGGGGACAUGUGUGGGUCAAGCUAGAGCACUUACCACAGCUGUGCCAGUUACCACAGCCAUGGAUAUCACAUCUAUGGUAACUACAGCUGCAGUUAACACAACAUCCUCUGGAGGGCACACUCUCAGCACUUCACACUGGUUCUGGAUCAUCAGCGUUGUGCUUUCUCUCCUCUGGAGGUAA